UGGUAGAAGUUUACCAACAAACUGAAUGACAAAACAGUUGUGUGGUCCAGUUAGCGAAAGUAACUCGUACGGAUCGGUCAAACGGUAAACUAAAAACAUAAGUGAUAAGAAAGAAACAUUUCGCUUAAAAUGUCCGCGUUUGAAUUGCAAGAAAAAGUGAACACUAUAACAGUAAAUGCAUUUACCGUUACUCCUAUGAUCUCUGCGCUUAACGAAGCAAGUAACAACAACAAAUGUGAUACAACAAAAGCUACAGCAAAACAGCACAACACCUCAGCGCCAAACACAGUCAAUGCGGUUGCGCCACAAACGCCGCCACCCGACAUCGUGCAACAAGUGUGUGGCAACUUCGGUCACUGGCAGCUGCGCACCAUACUGCUGAUCUUUCUUUGCAAAAUACCCUCCGCCUGGUUCAUGGCUUGCAUUAUCUACACCGCGCCCACACCGAAGAAGGGCGACUACUACUGUCGUCCGCCGGCGCUUAUGAAUCUCAGCCGAGGCUCGUUGACGGCUGACACGCCCGCCUGGGUGCGCAUGUCACAUCCGGUGUCGGACGAACGCGACACCGAUCGCCGCUUUUAUUUGGAUGCGUGCAAUAUUUACGAGGAGCAAUUGCAACGGGAUUUCAUCGCCAAUCACGCCAACUAUACGAAUCCGUUCGAGCAGCCAAAUGUGGUGCGCCAGGCGAAUGGUUCGUUGAAGUUCAAGGUGAAUGUGUUGCCCUGCGAGCAUUUCGAGCAUAACUCCGAUUAUAAAUCGUUGGUGUCGCAGUUUGAUUUGGUUUGCUCGCGUCAGUUGUUGAUAUCUAUGACGCAGUCAUUUCAUGGUUUGGGCGCCUUCAUCGGUGGAUUGGUGGCGCGUCACGCGCUGAAACAUGUGAGUCCUCGGCGUCUAAUGCUUGUCGGCAUGUUUUUCCAAGUCUUCUGUGGCUGCAUUACUGGCUUGGUGACAAAUUUCCAACUACACAUUUAUUUCCGCUGCUUAACCUCCAUCGCUUGUACCGUUAUCAUGUCUGCUGGUCAGGUUAUAUUAAUGGACAUUACAGACGGGCGUGCGAAAACCAUCGUCACCACGCUUUCGGAGUUAUUCUGGGGCAUUGGACUUAUACUGCUGCCGGGCAUAUCAAUAUUUUUCGAUAGCUGGAGUUAUUUGUAUGUGGCCAUAUCGGCUUCGGUGCUUAUUUUGAUAUUUGUGCAUAGAUGGAUAGCCGAUUCGCCACGCUGGCUACUAAGUUGCGAUAAAUUAGAUCAAGCGCUCGAACAGUUACUAAAUUCGGCCACAAUUAACCAUCGAUCCAUACCACUAGACUUAGAGGAAAAGUUGGCGCAUCAAGCGAAGCACUUACAACAAGAAGCAACGUGUGCGCCACGCUAUUGGUCCAUCUGGGAUAAGACCACCGAACGUCAGUACAUUUGCUGCGUGCACGUUGCGUGGGUCGGUGCUAUUAUUCUGCAUAAUGUCACGCUCCUGAUGAUUCGAACCAUGGGCACCGAGUAUAUACAUGUCAACACCGUGUGCUUGGGUCUCUCCGAGGUGCUCGGCAUCUUUAUUGGUCUCUAUUUGAUACUCUACACCAGACGUCGUUGGCUUUGGUGUGGUCAACUGUUGACGUUAGCGGGUGCCGUUACCUAUCUAAUCUGGACUGUGCCAAAUACGUUAAAACCAAGUCGCCGUGUCGGCUUCGAAAUGAUCUUCUGGAUGUUUUUGAAGUUCGCAACUGCCGUUACUUUCGCCGUGCUUGCUACGUGUACCGGUGAAAUCGUUUCGUCCGAGAAACGUCCCUCAUUAAUGUACUCUGUGGUGACGCAUAGUCGCUUCUGGCUUAUCUUUGGUCCAUCUAUAGCGGUUACAAUUCAAUUUCACAACUUAAUCCCCAUCACAGUGUUAGCCUCUUUGGCAGUCGUUACGGGGGUACUGCUUUGCUUCCUUAAUCGUGCCUUCUGGAAUAUGGAAAAACCGCGCGUGGCUAAAGUGCUUACGCCGAAGACAUAUCGACGCAAUUCUUCGGCUGAGCUUUUGCGACGUAGUUCACUUGGUACGAAAUCGGAAUUUUAUGACAAUUCUUUAACGAUAAGCAUAUCCGAUCUGUGGUUGGUAAAUUCGCAAUUCGAAACCAUAACGGAACAAGAAGAUGCAGCUGCGCCAAAGGAGAAGUAUGAGAGAGAAAGGGAAAAUGAGAAGCAAAUAUCCGAAGAGCAUUUGUAGGCAAAUUUCAGUGUACACAUUUGUACGUGUGUUCGGGUGUUCCCUUAACAUAGCUAAAAUAUUUUUUCAAUCGAAUUUUCUAAUAUCAAAUCCAUGUUACUACUGUCUUCUUCUUAUUUACUGGCGUAGACACAGCUUCCGCGACUAUAUUUGAUUUAACAGCAGCGUGCCAGUCGUUUCUUUUUUUCGCUCUUUGGCGCCAAUUCGCGAUACCAAGUGCAGCCAGGUUCUUCUCCAUCUAAUCUCUCCAAGAGAGUGGAGGCCUUUCUCUUGUUGGCCUGGCCAGCGUAGCCGUUGUCUCUUAAUUCGCUGAACUAUGCCAAUGUCAUCGUAUAUCUCGUACAACUCAUCAUUCUAUCGACUGCGCUAUUCGUCGUUGUCACUGCUCAAAGGACCAUAAAUCUUCCGAAAAACCUUUCUCUCGAACACCCUUAAGACCGACUCAUCAGCAGAUGUCAUUGUUGCAGGACAUGAAUGGUGUUUUUACUGAUUCUAAAAUUGGCGAAAUUAUUUUCGACUUCAGCUUGCACAGCCGUAUUAGCUUUGCGAAGAUUAUUUUUUCCAGAACUAUGUAGAUGCAUGAUAGUGACAUAUUGGCAGUUCCUUUUCGUGCUGUCGAAGGCGGCUUUAAAAUCUGAUUGAUAGUAGAUUUUCCAUUUGUUUGUUAACAGUGGGCUACAGUCUUUCGAACCUCAUCAUAGUCAGGCAAUGGAUAGAUGAUUCCCGCGUCAUACUUGUAGAUUGGGGAAUCGGUUUCGCCAUCUCCAGAUGUUAGACUUUCACUGUCGUUCGAUCGCAACAUUGCGAGGUAGACUGUCCGCUUUCUUUCUACUAUGAUACUUCAGUCCCCAUCGUACCAGCUGUACUUUCAACCUUUCCGAAGACCAAUGGUUUUGGUACAAGAGCUUGAAAUACCGUCCUAUAGUUCUCUUACGCCAAGUUGCUAAUGAGUGCUUUUAGAGAGCAAUAGUGCAAGUCGAGCAAGAGCCAUUUAGUGGUCAGUUGUGAUUAUAGCUUCUAGUCGCUUGAUUCAAAUUCGUCUCCCUCUCGCAGUCGCACCUCUGAUACACAGACGCUGCAAUUAGACUUGAGCCUUCCCUUAUACCGAAUAUGUCGGAGUGGCUCUGCUGAAGCUUCCUCUCUUCCUCCCGGUUAUUUAUCACCCUAGGCUGCACUCGGGUUGGCUACAGCAUAUUACACAAUGGUUGUUCACGAUUCCAGACUCGCGCCGAGGACGUAAAAGUAGGAAUUGGAUGUAGCUCUACUGCUUACCCAGAAGCAUGACUACACUCCAUUACACU